CUCUUUGCUACACUUACUUAUAGGAACACCAUUGUCUCAGAAUAAAGAUCCUGGGUGACUGUUACUACUGUGUGUCGGGGCUCCCAGAACCUCGCCAGGACCAUGCACACUGCUGUGUUGAAAUGGGGCUCAGCAUGAUCAAAACUAUCAGGUACGUUAGGUCAAGAACGAAGCAUGACAUUGACAUGAGGAUAGGGAUACAUUCGGGAUCAGUUCUUUGUGGAGUGCUGGGCCUGCGAAAGUGGCAGUUUGAUGUCUGGUCAUGGGACGUGGAUAUCGCAAACAAACUCGAGUCAGGUGGAAUUCCUGGGAGAAUUCACAUCUCCAAAGCCACACUGGACUGCCUGAAUGGGGAUUAUAAAGUUGAAGAAGGGCAUGGUAAAGAGCGUAAUGAAUUCUUGAGGAAACAUAACAUUGAGACUUAUUUAAUUAAACAACCUGAGGAGAGUCUGUUGACUUUGCCUGAAGAUAUUGUGAAAGAGGCUGUCAGCUCCUCCGAUAGGAGAAACAGUGGAGCAACGUUUACCGAAGGAUCUUGGAGCCCUGAACUUCCAUUUGAUAACAUAGUGGGAAAACAGAACACUCUGGCUGCCCUAACAAGAAAUUCAAUAAAUCUGCUUCCAAACCAUCUUGCACAAGCUUUGCAUGUCCAGUCUGGGCCUGAGGAAAUUAACAAGCGAAUAGAGCACACCAUCGACUUACGGAGUGGCGAUAAAUUGAGAAGAGAGCAUAUCAAGCCUUUUUCACUGAUGUUUAAAGACUCCAGCCUGGAGCAUAAGUAUUCUCAAAUGCGGGACGAGGUGUUCAAAUCAAACUUGGUGUGUGCAUUUAUUGUUCUUGUAUUUAUCACGGCUAUCCAAAGCUUACUUCCUUCUUCCAGGGUGAUACCAAUGGUCAUUCAGUUUUCUAUUCUGAUUAUGCUGCACUCCGCUCUUGUGCUAAUCACUACGGCAGAGGAUUACAAAUGUUUACCCUUAAUGCUCCGGAAAACUUGCUGCUGGAUUAAUGAGACCUACCUGGCUAGGAAUGUCAUUAUAUUUGCAUCCAUUCUGAUUAAUUUUCUUGGAGCCAUCAUCAAUAUUCUAUGGUGUGAUUUUGACAAACCAGUAGCCCUGAAGAACCAGACGUUUAACUCAUCUGCAUCUUUUACAGACAUCUGUUCCUAUCCUGAGUAUUUUGUCUUCACUGGUGUGCUGGCAAUGGUGACUUGUGCAGUUUUUCUUCGUCUCAACUCUGUCUUGAAGCUGGCAGUACUUCUCAUCAUGAUUGCGAUCUAUUCUCUGCUGACUGAGACCAUUUAUGCUUCCCUUUUUCUGCAGUAUGACAACUUUAACCACAACGGAGACACAGACUUCCUGGGUACAAAGGAGGCAUCUUUACUACUGAUGGCAAUGUUUCUUUUAGCCGUAUUUUAUCAUGGCCAGCAGCUUGAAUACACAGCAAGGUUGGAUUUCCUGUGGCGUGUCCAAGCAAAAGAAGAAAUCAAUGAAAUGAAGGAGUUAAGGGAGCACAAUGAAAAUAUGCUACGGAAUAUUUUACCCAGUCAUGUCGCCCGUCACUUCCUGGAGAAGGAUCGGGAUAAUGAAGAAUUAUACUCUCAGUCCUAUGAUGCUGUUGGUGUGAUGUUUGCUUCUAUUCCUGGAUUUGCUGACUUCUAUUCCCAGACCGAGAUGAAUAACCAAGGAGUGGAAUGUCUGCGCUUGCUGAAUGAAAUCAUUGCGGAUUUUGAUGAGUUACUAGGUGAAGAGAGAUUUCAAGAUAUUGAAAAAAUUAAAACAAUUGGCAGCACAUACAUGGCUGUGUCAGGAUUAUCACCUGAAAAACAGCAAUGUGAAGACAAAUGGGGGCAUUUGUGUGCUCUGGCUGACUUCUCCAUAGCUCUGAAUGAAAGCAUACAGGAGAUCAACAAGCAUUCAUUUAACAACUUUGAACUCCGUAUUGGGAUUAGCCAUGGCUCUGUUGUAGCAGGAGUUAUCGGCGCUAAGAAACCCCAAUAUGAUAUCUGGGGCAAAACGGUUAAUUUAGCAAGUCGAAUGGACAGCACAGGUGUUAGUGACAGAAUACAAGUGCCUGAAGAAACGUAUCUGAUCCUGAAGGACCGGGGAUUUGCCUUCGACUACCGAGGAGAGAUUUAUGUCAAAGGUAUCAGUGAACAGGAAGGAAAAAUCAAAACAUAUUUUCUUCUAGGAAGAGUUCAACCAAAUCCUUUAAUCUUACAACCAAGAAAACUGACUGGACAGUAUUCAUUAGCAGCUGUUGUAUUAGGACUUGUACAGUCUCUUAACAGGCAAAAACAGAAGCAAAUCCUUAAUGAGAACAAUAACUCUGGAAUCAUAAAAGGACAUUAUAACCGGAGGACUUUGCUCACUCCCGGUGGAUCUGAGGCAGCAGCCCAGGCAGAGGGGGCUGACAAAACUGAAUUGCCAUAAUCAGCAUUUUGUUUGUGUUCUUUUUUUUGUAUUUCUUUUAUAUAUAAAAAUAAAUAUACAAAUAAAAAGGGUUUAAUUUUUUUUA